UUCCUUUUUUUUAAAUACAGAUUUUGAUAAAUAAUUGAUUGAAUUAAGAAACAAAAUUAAAGGCCACAACGAGUUAAAUGAGAACUCUUCCUUGUCUUCUCUGCUUCUUGCCGGCCACAGACUAAAGAUCUCAAUUUCUUUUUCAUAGUCAUUUUCACUGCAAUUCAAUCUAAUUCAAUUGUUUGGUAUUAUCUUCAACAUCUGGGCACCGACCGAGUUUGCAUCUUUAUAUUGGAAAGUAGGUGAAUUCUUGAUCUUUUUUUAUUUCCUAUGAGGUGGGUCGAUCUGGUUUUUGAUUUAGUUUAGUGGGUUUGAUUUGUUUUUCUUAUUUGGAUCGGUUGAGAUUGGUGGGUUUGUUUUGGAUUUUGUUAAAGAUUGAGUUUGUGACUGAAAAAAAACUUGCUGGGUUUGAUUUGAAAUGGUCUAUUUUCAUAGCUCAAUAUCGGUUUGCAACUCAGUGGACCAAUCAGUUAUGGCUAAUUCUGUGAAUUCUAGUGAGUUGCAUCCAAAAUCAAGGAACAAAAACCAUGGACAGAACAGUAGGAAGAUGAAUAAUAACAGUCAUAUGAAUUGCUCUAGUAUUCCUGUCUGUGAUCGAUCUCGAUCAGCUGUUGUUGAUGUUGUCAUCUUGAUUGCUGUUAUUAUUUCUUGCGGGUUCUUGCUGUUUCCUUAUAUCAAGAUUAUAACUCUCUUUUUCAUUGAAUUAAUUACUGUUAUGCACUCUGUGUUCAAAGAGGAAAUCUUGAGAAGUCCUGUGAUUUAUGCAUCUGUUGGAGUUGGUACUUUUUUUGCUGCAAUAGCUGUUUGGACAGUGUUCACUUGUACAACUAGGAAAUGCGGGAAUCCGAGCUGCAAAGGGUUGCGAAAAGCUGCGGAAUUCGACAUUCAACUCGAGACGGAAGAGUGUGUCAAGAACUCUAAUAAUGGUAGUUUGGGGAAAGAUGGGGGUGUGAAGAGGGGACUUUUCGAAUUGCCUCGCGAUCAUCAUCGUGAAUUGGAGGCUGAACUUAAGAAGAUGGCGCCGACGAAUGGAAGAGCAGUUCUUGUGUUUCGAGCAAGGUGUGGAUGCUCCGUUGGGAGAUUGGAAGUUCCGGGAUCAAAGAAGCAAAAGAAGAUCAAGAGGUAGGGGGUUACGGAUUUAAAUACAGGCGUAGAAUCAUAAGGGAGAGAGGAGUGUGUUCUCCAAUUGAUCUUCUGAGGAGCUACCUUGUUAUUAAAUAAGCUCAUGGCAAUAAGUUGUAAGAAUCCUUUCUUUCAUAUAUAUAUAUACAUUUGGUUAUAGUGGAGAAUAUAAGAAUCCUUUCUUUCA